CAUGGUUUCCACUACCCUGAACUCCCUGGGAUUGGCCAACAAAAAUGGCGGGCGAAAGAAGAAGUGGCUUUCGAUUUCUGUCCUUCUUUCGCUGUUGUUCAAAACAGCCUCUGGAGCUGGAAAAAGCUGGACCGGAGGUUCUCGAAAGACAAGAGGUUUCACCUUCAGCUGAUGUUUCCAGCACGGCUGAAGAUUUCGAAACUGAAGCAGCUGGCGCUCCAAAUGGGCCAGAGACUGAAGGCCAGCUUAACGAUGCCUCCUUGAACCACGAGCCCUCUACAGUUGAUGCAGCUGCCGCGGUGCCAGAGACGGCAGGUCCUUGGAACGACGAGCCCAACGAGGCCUCUGUCCGUGAGCCGCCAGAGUCUGCUGUGAGCGCUGUGACGCCAAGACGGGGACGAUCUACCUGGAAGGGCAAAGGAAAAGGUGGAUAUCAAGACGGGUAUGGUGCCAGUCGAUCUCGCGCAGCGUCGCUGGAUGGCUGGAGAGGGAGGGGCCAAUGUCACUAUGGUUUCCACUGCACACGUGUGGAUUGUUGGUUUCAGCAUCCUGAUGGACGGGCGAUCGAUGGGUGGCGUGCAGCAUCGGUGGAUCGAGGAAAGGCUCGAGGAAAAGGGCGCUGCUUUGAUGGCUUCGAAUGCACACGCAGUAUUUGUCGUUUUGAGCACCCCACCGGCCGCCGAAGAGAUUUGAUGCCAGCCACCAGCCAGCGCGAGAGCUCGAGACAUCGAUCCGUGAGCCGAGAUCAUGAGGAGGUCGUGGCACGCAUGGAUCUGGACCCGGACUACUGCAAGCAGCUCAAGGAUGGGAUGCUGUACCACCUGUCCUUCUUCCUGCGAAGGUAUCAGCUUUUCGGUCGAAUUUCGGAGCAGCAGCUGGAGCUUUUCUCUCGGUCCUGGCAAAGGUUGGAUCUGAACACACUGCAGGAGGAGAUUCAGGUAGAGUUGGCGCGCCUCUCCUCGUUGAGGGUGGAGUUGACAGAGCAGAUCCUGGUUCCUGAGACUUUGCUGGCGCGCUUCAUGGGCCCUGAAGGCGUCCACCUUCAGUUUUUGCGUCGGAGCCUGGGUGUGGAGAUCCUGGUGGAACCACAGCCUGCCUCCGACCUCCGUGCCCUGCGUGCCCUGCGCCUCUGUGGGCCACCUGAUGUGUUGGAACAUGCCAGGAGCGCCUUGGAAAAUCACCUGAUUUCUUUCAGCAGCACUCAGCAGCCCUUUGCAGAAGUUGAGCAAUCAAUCCUCCAAGAACGCUCUCAAACGGUGCAUGUCUUUGUGGACAACAGCAACAUUUGCAUCGGUUGUCAGCUGCUCCCCAACGGUUUCCGCGACUUUCAGCAACGCAUCUCCAUUCGGGGCUUCACCUCCAUGGUACAGGGCGUCAGGAAGUUGUCACGUCGGGUGGUCAUGGGUUCGCGGCCUUCCAGUCAGCGCUUCUGGGCGGCUUGGAAACGUGAAGGAUAUGAAGUUUGCACUGCACAUCGAGAUCCCAGAACCAACCGGGAGGAGUUUGUGGAUGGACGUCUUGUAGGAGAAGCCUUGAUGCACGUGCUGCAACCUGUCGGAUCUGGCAGUCACGUCCUGGUCCUUGCGACGGGCGAUGGAAAUCUGGAGGGUCAAGCGCCCAACACAGCAGGUGCCAAUUUUCAGAACCUCGUGCGGACCAUCGCCAGCCGCGUUGAGGGUUGGACGGUGGAGGUUUGGUGCUGGCGUUCCAGCUGCCAUUCCUGCUACAAGAGGAUGGCGCGGGCUGGUGAAAUUCGGCUUUACUUUCUGGAUGGGCUUCGUAAAGAAGUGACCAUGACCGCUGGCAAAACGGCGCCUGCCCUUGCUGGCUCGGCGGUGCCGCCGAAUGAAGGGCUGGAGCACGAGGACACGUGUGUGCAGUGUUUGAUGGCCGAAGCCACGUAUGCCUUCAAUCCCUGCAAUCAUCGAAUACUUUGCAGAGAGUGUGCCAUGGAGACAAGACCACAUUGGAACACUCGUCCGUUGGGCCUUUGUUUUCUCUGCCGCUGUCCCUGGGAUGAUAUCACAGCGUGCGACACCAUUGCCAUUUGACGAUGUGGAACUGGCGGCAAGGCCGCAUGGAGAUGCUGUGUAAAAUUGAAUUGGACUGCGCAGAGCUGUUGGAGAUUUGCACUUCCUGGCAACAAGUUGAAAGUCCACAGUUGCAUCAAGCUGGCAGAUGCAGUCACUCAGUCCUGCUCACUUCACUGUCACCAUCCUUUGGCAACAAGGUCGCCACGUGUUGAUCCAGCUGCAACCGGGGCGACCAUGGAAGACCGUGAGACCCUGACACCCGCCCGCAAGGGAUCGUGAGUAAAGCAAUAGUAAAUCAUCC